CCGGCGACGUUGAAGUAUGGCGUUUGUUGCCGUUUCCUAGCUAUUAGCUUCCUGCAUUGAAAUAUAACGAUUUUAAGCGAUUUCACAACAUUCUAAUGGUGGUGUGUGCUGUGUGUGUCCAGGAUGAGUGGAGGGUUGGCACCAAGUAAAAGCACAGUGUAUGUGUCCAACCUGCCGUUCUCACUGACCAACAGUGAUCUACACAAGCUGCUCACUAAAUAUGGAAAAGUUGUCAAGGUCACAAUUGUUAAAGAUAAAGACACCCGGCUGAGUAAAGGGGUGGCGUUUGUUCUCUUCCUGGACAGAGAUUCGGCUCACAACUGUGCAAGAGCAAUAAACAACAAAGUGUUGUUUGGCAGAACGGUGAAAGCGAGCAUUGCAGUCGAUAAUGGACGAGCGACUGAGUUCAUAAGGAGGCGGAAUUACACCGACAAGACCAAAUGUUAUGAAUGUGGGGACACAGGUCAUCUGAGCUACGCGUGCCCCAAAAACAUACUGGGAGAGAGGGAGCCCCCGAAGAAGAAGGAAAAGAAAAAGAAGAAAAAGGAUCUACAGACUGAACAUGUCGAAGAGGAAGAAGAAGAAAGUGAAGAAGAGGGAGAGGACCCGGCUUUAGACAGUCUUAGCCAAGCUAUAGCUGUUGAGCAAGCCCAUAUUGAGGAAGAGGAGGAAAAGAGGAAGCAGACGCGUAUGUCUCAAGAGGCGAACGCGUCAACAUCAUCGGAUUCUAGGAAACCCAAGAUUAAGAAGAGCGCAUACUUCAGCGACGAGGAGGAGCUCAGCGACUAAUAAUAAUGAACAUUCAGUACAUAGCCACCAAAUAGUUUGGUCCAUAUGGAUUCAGUUUUCUGAGUUUCUUUGUGUUACAGUGGGGGGGUAUGUAUAAUAAUAAUAAGAUGGUUCAUUUUUUUCCCCCUCCAGAGCCAAGACAUUUUUACGUUUUUAUAAAAAAACGGUGGCAUUUUUCUUUGGUUGCCUGUUGAUUGUGUUUGGUCCUGUAUGUUUUUAUAUGUCAGUCAAUAAAGAAUGUUUCUUAA